GUCAAGCAUGCGCUUAUUUUUAAGGUUAUAUUUUCUUGAGUUUUUGCAUUGGUUUUACUAAGCUCUUUGAUUUAAAAAAUGACUGAUUUUGUGUUAAAUGAUAGUGAUACAGAAUUGGAUUCUGAUGAAGAGUUACAAGAAGCCUUUGCUAAAGGAUUACUUAAACCGGGUCUUAAUGAAGAAAUCGAGAAAGUAGAGAAAAAGUAUGUAAAUAAUGUAGCCGAUUUGAAGGCAAAACUGAAAGAGUUUAAACUGAAAUUACCAUGGGUUGAAACUUUAGAUUUAGUGACCACUGUUGCGCCUAUGGCACCAGACGUGGCUCUACAAUUAGAAGAAACAACACAGAGACAGAAAAAUAUAAAGGAAAACAGCAAAGGCAGUCACAUAUAUGAUCCUGCACAGGAUCCAGUAUUGAAUGAGUUCAAACGGGAGAAUCUGAUCCACCGUCAGGCGCAAGCUGCUGUUGUUGAGGGCAUUAAGAGACUGAAGGAGCUUGGUGUUCCUACAAGGAGGCCAGACGACUUCUUUGCGGAAAUGGCAAAGACUGAUGAGCAUAUGCAGAAGGUGCGCAAGAACUUGCUGGCUAAGCAAGCAGCCCAGGCACGCACAGAAAAAGUGCGCCAGCUCAGGGAGCAAAAGAAAAUUGCUAAAAGAGUGCAGAUUGAUGCAAAGCUGAAACAAGUUGCUGAAAAGAAACAAAUAUUAGAACAAUUAAAACGUGUUAGGAAAGGAAAAUCAUCUGAUUUAGAUUUCCUUGAAGACAAAAAAGAUCAAAGGAACCCUAACCAAAAGGGUGGACAUCUUAAUAAGAAAAUUUCAAAGAAACGCUCUCAUAAGGACAAAAAGUUUGGUUUUGGGGGUAAAAAGAAAGGAUCCAAAUUAAAUACUAGAGAGUCUACAAAUCAGAUGGAUGGAUUCAACAGUUCAGCUAAAAAGAAACCAUUUAAUCCUAGGAGUAGCUUUAAGCCUAAAGGCAAGAAGAAUCAAAGACCUGGGAAGUCUAAAAGGAAGAAUGCAAAGAGAUAA